AAGCCCAGCGUUGGCUUGGUAAGCGACAGACAGUCGGAAGCUUCCACACGAGACAGAUGGACGUGCUCGGCGCCUUGGCACCAGUAGAAGCAGCAGCAGCAGCGUCAGUACCACCGAGCCAAUCAAUCAUUAUCAUCGUCGCGUCGAGUCCUUUGUGCGAGUGCAAAAGUAGUUUGAGCAGCGACAGCAGAUAAUCGCGCACAUAGACGUAUCCGCGUCUACAUGGAGCAAGACGUCACCGCUGUUGUCGCCCGCGCCGCCACCACCCCUUAUGCUCGUAGUAGCCGUGGCUGUCACUGUAGUUCCUACGAGCCCUUGGAAUUGGGUCUCUGUGUUAAAAGCUCAGAGCCGCCAACCACAGCAGCAGCAGCAGCGCUCACAGCUGAUAUUAUAGAGGGGGACUGCUGCUUUGCGCUUCCUUAUCAGCUGCUCAACGCGACGACUGCAAGCUCGACUCGCAUCAGCAGCAGCAGCAACUCGAGUCAGCUUCAUUUUAGUGGCCAAUCCAGAGAAGGUGUCAUCGAUUGCUGAUCAGCAGCAGUAGCAAAUUAUACGCACGAUAGAAGCAUCACUCUUGCAACAGAUAAAUCGAUCAUUGUCCUACUGACAUCGGCAGAAAAAGGCGGAUGUAACCAGAAAAUUAACAAGUCGCAACCGAUUCUGUUACAAAAUAUACAUUAUAUUAUAUAUUCAUUAUAUAUUAUAAGCGGCGCAUCACCAAGAUUACCGCAGCCACUAACAUACACACAAUAUCGCACAUAAUACAUAGAUCGAUAUCAGCUAUACGUGUGUUUGCAACGCUGCCUCAUCAGGGCACAAAAGCCAGCGAUCCAAUGUAUCCGGGUUCUCGCGCCGGAGCCCUCGCGAGCAGCGACGAAGAAAAAGAAGACAGUUGCAACAGUUUCGGUGCCGCGAAGUCGUCGUGUAGUGGUAGUGUCAAUAAACAGUCUCCGACGUUGCUAGCAGCAGCAUGUCGUUGCCGCGCGAGUGGAGUCUGCAUCACAAUCCGCAGCAGGAGCUGCUCUAUUACGGCCGAUCGUCGGUGCCCAGCUGUCACGCUCACGCGGGUUACACCGGUGGUGUCGCCGCGAUGGCCGGCUUGCCGCUCAACGGGGACCAGCCGCUCAUCGUCACCGCGUCGUCCCAGGAGAUGGUGUCGACGCAGCAGCAGCAGCAGGCGCACGUCAUCGACGAGAACAUGAAUCAGCAGCACGCCAAUCUGCUGGGCUCGCUGUUUUCCAUACACUCGGCGCCGGUCUUCGACGUGUCCAACGGAGCCGACGACGCGGCCGUGAGGCCAGCAUCGCUGGUGGUGCAAGCCACGGCCACGUCGACUCCUCUGGUCCCGCCGCACAUCAGCCCGCCCGACACCAUCGAGGACGAGGACAACGACAAUCUGCUGACGAUAUCCUCGCUGACGGCUCGGCCGCUCAUCGCCAAGUCGCGCGAGCUCAGCAGCAACAAGCGCAAACAGACGGCCAACAGCAGCCAGCAGAGGAAGGCCCAGAAGAAGCGCAAGCGGCUCGAGGACAAGCGUCGCGAGCGACACAGGCUCGAGCGCAAGCUGCACCUGGUGGAGCCGCUCGACGGCGGCUACGGCUGGGUCGUCGUGUUCGGCGCCUUCUUCGUGCAGUUCUGGGUGGCGGGCCUCGUCAAGUCCUACGGCGUCCUCUACGUCGAGGUCAUGGAGAUGUUCAGCGACUCGUCGGCCACCGUCGCGUCCUGGAUACCGGCCAUACUCUCGGCCCUCUGCUUGGCUCUAGCCCCCGUUACGAGUAUGCUGAGUCAAAAGUACAGCUGUCGAGCCGUCGUCUUCGUCGGCGGUCUGUUCUGCUCGCUCGGCUUGAUCAUCAGCUACUUCGCCACGAAUCUUUAUCAUCUAUUGUUCACCUUCGGCGUGCUCACCGGUAUCGGGGGUGGAUUGUCGACGACCCCGGGCAUAAUCCUCGUUUCGCAGUACUUCGACAAGCAUCGCGCGCUGGCCAACGGCAUCUGCGUGUCGGGCACGGCCGCGGGCGGCUUCGUGUUCCCGAUGCUCAUCGAGUACCUCGUGGCCUCGUUCGGCUUUCACGGCACUCUGCUCAUCCUCGGGGGCUGCAUGCUGCACGUCUGCGCCAGCGCGACCCUCUACAGGCCGCUCGAGGCCAAUUAUCCGGAUCUCGUGGAGGACGAGCCGGCGCCCCCGGUGCCACAGCCGACGAUCGAAGAGCCGCAGAAGCAGCAGCAACAACAGCUCGAGAUGCUGUUCGCCAACAACGAUCAAACCCUCAAGAACAAUAUGCUCAACGAGCUGUUCCAUCAGAACGUACAGCUGAACGUGUCCGAGCUAACCGACAGCGAGGAAGAGAAGGACAUAUUGGGCAAGGCACCGAGCGUCAACAAGCCCAUCUCCAAGAUCCGCAGCUCGAGUAUGCUGCACAGCGUCGAGGAUCUGUCCACCGACUCGACCUGCUUCUACAAGUCGCGCAGCUCGGUGCGCUCCUUGCGAGCCUCGAAUCUCGCCGUCUGUCGCGACAGCUACGGCGACUCUCUGGCCCAGCAGCAUCUCCAAAAGCAGCAGCAACAACAACAGCAGCAAGAAGCGGGCUCGACCAGCGAGACCCACGAGCAGUCGGCCUCCAAGGAGUCGCUGGCCCAGCGCUUCUUCACUCGCUACAUCGAUCUGGGCCUGCUCAAGGAGACCCGCUUCAUCAUGAUGUGUCUGUCGGUCGCUCUCAUGUCCACGGGCAGCCCCUACAUGCUCUACUAUCUGCCGGCCUACGUACUGGCGCGCGGCUACACCAAGAGCGAGGCCGGCUAUCUGGUCGCGAUCUCGGCGGCCCUCGACCUGUGCGGCCGUCUCGGGCUCGGCUGGCUGUCGGAUCUCCAGCUGUUCGACCGGCGCAAGGGCUACAUCGGCAGCAUCAUCGGGGCGGGCCUCGCGGUGCUCCUCGUGCCUAUCGGCAACUCGUUCUACGUGCUGGCCGGCUCGGUUGCGCUCUACGGCCUCUGCCUGGGCUGCUGGUUUCUGCUGGUCCCGGUGCUGCUGGCCGAUCAGUUCGGCACCGACAAGAUAUCCUCGAGCUACGGCCUCGUGCGCAUGUUUCAGAGCAUCGGUGCCAUCACCAUACCACCCUUGGCUGGUCUAAUGAGAGACUCAACAGGAAGCUACAGCAUCUGCUUUCUUUUUAUGGGCACAUGCAUGGUACUUGGUGGGCUGCCGCUCAUGUUUGUCACUUACGACGGCAACAAUUCCAAGAGCGACGUUGAGAGCAACAAAGAAGCUGAAUCGAUCCAGCAGAGCAAGAAUUAAACUUGUGAAUGGUAUAUUACUCCCCUAAAUCACGAAAAAUGUACGGGGUGCGCGUGUUAUUAGCUGAACGCGUACUCCGCUGGACUUUCUUUUUCACGGCUUAGGCCUGUAUACUAUUUUUCAUACUUUAGGGUCUGAAAAUAGUUCGGACGACUGAUAUGAAAAGAAGUUAUCAUAAAAAAAUAUCAGCAUCAUCUUAAUGGACAAGAGAUGAUUCUCAUUUUCAAAUACAAUUAAUUAGAUAAAUCAAAUGUACAUCAAGUAUUUUAUACUUGACAUAUUAAUUAUGUGAAAAAUUUUUUAGUUUCGAGGAUUCUUUUAUAGGAUAUCGAAAAAGAAUCUCAUAUCUAAUUAAGGAUCCCAAGCAGAGUCAUUAAUUUAUAGUUAUUAUGAUAUAGAUCAAGUAUUAAUUAGGUACAAACGACAUUUUACUAUCCUUCAAAAACUUAAUGACUAUCGUAUAUCACCGUACGAUUGAUCUAUGUGAUUAUGAUGAUGAGGUGCAACUUUUAGCACCACAGUAUAAAAAAAACUUUCACUGAAGAUUAUCCUAUACAGUAGUUUACGUAGACUCGACUAUGUGCAGUCUAGACUUACUUACUAACAAUACAAUUGAGCAUGGAUAUAGGAUAGUAAAAUCUGUAAAUAUUUUCAAUAUGUAUGUUGAAUUUUACAACAUUUAACAAUUUAACAAACAUACUUUAAUUUUUAAUGGGCCAAUAUACCGUACUAAUAUUAGAGAAGACGAAAACGGGUGAUUAUUAUUUGACAACGGAUUUUUAUUGUUAAACAGUUGACUCAUUUGUAAGUGGUGAACAGUUACCAAAAUUAAAAAAAUUAUAUAAAUACAAUCUCUGAAAAUCAGAGAUGAGUAAUGAAUUAAAAAUUUUAGUGUAAAACUCCUGAUAACUUGAAUUUUAUUGAUUUUUAUCACAUUGAUGUUUACAAAGAACUGACUGCAAACGUUGAUCUUAUAUAUCUUUUUAAUAAAACUGUAAUAUGCUGCAACGACAAGCGUGUGUAUAUUUACAUCGCAUAUGCACGAUCAUGAAUUUUGUAGAUGUAUAUUUUUCAAAGUUGCAUUAAUAUAAUAACUAGACGUUUGCUUCGUAACAUUUAAGCGUGUGUACUACUUUCGUUCGACGAAACUACGCCAGAACUGCUCACUUUUAACGAGCAGUUCUGCAAACACUAUCGAUGAAUAUUUUUGGUACACAAUUAGAAGGUAGUUUCUGUGUUAAAGUUUGUGGCUUUAUUUAUAAAAAUUAUAUAUGUAUUAUACAUCGAGUGAAAGUAUACGUCGAAAUUUUUUGUAAACGAAAAAAAAUUACUAACGUGCGAAUCCCCUCUGUAUCUAAAGCCAAGUUUCUGUUUUAUUGACAAAAAAAUCGAUUGACAAACAUCAGAUUUCACUUCUCUUCCUAAAAACCCAAUGACGAUAAAUAAAAAUCGCAACGGAUGUAACUGCCGAUUAAAUCAAACUGAAAAUCAAGCCAAAUUUUUCUCCACGGGCGCGAUAUAUACGUUCUCUCUAUCCUCCUAUCAAACUUUUACGAGCAUACAUGCAGCUCUCGAUCAAAAGUGUGCGAGAUACUCGAGAGAAUUUGUUUGUUAUUUUGUCGAGCGAUCGCACGCCUUCUACUCACUCGAUACACAAUCUCCGCUACGAUGAUGAUUUUAUUAUUAAAAAAAUAUGAUAUUUAAAAGAAAAUUGAAAAAAAAACAAACACACAAACAAACAAAAACAGAAGCGCGCGCGAUAUCGGUUUAUUGACUUCGCGUCCUCGUUCUCUAAUUAACCCGAAUCUCAUACCCGAAAUGUUGUGCGAAAAUGUUCGACCUUUUUUUUCGAAUGUUUGUAUUAAAAAAAAAAAAAAAAAGAAAGAAAAAAGGAGCGCAGGCUCGAACUGCGUGUAUAAAUUUUUGAAAAAACUCACAAAACUAAUUGUUAAGAGUAUAUAAUAUGUCGUAAAUAAGCUCAGGAUGGGUAUAAAUGCAAGCGAAUGAUUGUUGCUCGACUGUCUGCGCGACGAGGCGUAAUCUCGUUACAGCCAAGUAUAAUAUUUGACUUGAGAUUUCAGCGAGUUGAUGUACUUAAAAAUAAAUAAUAUAUAGAGGUAAUGGCAGACGUGCGCGUGUUGCAAUGACAUUGGUUUACAAUGCUUAUGCCGUCGCGCUGUAUAACGCGGCACACGCAGAAUCGGAUUGCACUUUUGGUUUUGCGAGCGCGACGACCAUGAUUAUUUUUUUGUAAAUGUGUGUGAUUUUUUCUAAAUACGUGUCUCGUGUUCGUGAAAGAUGAAAUGCGAAAAAAAAAUAAAUAAACGAACAAAAAAAACAAAGAAAAAGAUCGUCAGCGUGUCCACUUACGUUUCUUCCGUUUUGACAUUAUUUUUUUUAUGUACAUAAAUAUAAGUGUAUUUUCGAGGCAGGGAAUUAAAUAUGAAUUUUUAUGUAUUGUUUAAAUUAGUUACUGAAAUAUUGCAUGGCUAGAACUAACGAUGAUUUGACGAAGACGAUGAAAAUAUAAAAUAAAAAUAUUGACCAGAGUCGUAACAUUAUAUUAAAAAAAAAAAAAAAAUUGGCUGUGCUAUAGAAAAUAAAAUAGUAAAUAAAGAGAAGACAAAAAAAUUGAAACUAUAAAAAUUGAAAGUGAGCUGUUAAACCGAUGCAAUACAAGUGUAAAAAUCGUUAUAUUAUGAAAUACUAUAUCGAUGAAAAUAAACUUAUUUUCUCAUUGAGAGUUUAGCGAAAAGUUUUAAUUGCAAAAAAGACGAGAGAAAUCAAUAAUCUUAGAUCGAGUCAAAGUUAAGGCAUUUUUAUUUAACGAGCUGCGCGAAGUUCUACGUAGCAAUUAAACAAAAAAUAGAGAAUUAGAAAGCGAUGGAACAAAAACAACGUGGGCCAAGCGUAGCUCUAAAAAAAAACAAACAGAUUUCCUGUAAAAAAAAGAAGAAUUCAACAGUUUGUACACUUGAAUAAAUGCGAAAAUGUCUAUGAUAAUACCAAGAGUACUUUUAAGCCGUAAUACUUAACAAAAAUUAUAUUAUAUUAACAUUAAACUACGACAACUAAUUGUAACAGAGUAUUUGCGCGAUAAGCCGUGUGUCUCUUUGCUCCGGACACAGGAAAAAAUAAAUAAAUAACAAGAUAUAAUAUACAACUAACAGAACAAAAAAAUGUAACGUAACUUUGAUAAUAAGUGGGACGAGUUUACAAUGAUAACAAUUAAGCAUUUAAACGAA